AUGAUGCAAUCACCAUUCACCCUUCGCACCGACGUCUAUCCGGCAAUCUCUCCCACCAUUCUCUCGGGCACCCUUACCGGCAAGAAUGCUCUUGUGACAGGUUCAGGCAGAGGCAUAGGCCGCGAAAUAUCUAUCGCCCUCGCCAAAGCUGGCGCCAGCGUGGCUAUCACAGGCCGCACGGCCCAGGAAGUCGAGUCAACAACUCGCGAAGUCUCAGAGCUUAUCUCUCCGAAACAUGAAAAUACAGGCGAAGGAGAUGCGGGGAAGCAACAGCAACCACAACAACAAAAAGUAGUCGGAAUUACCGCCGACGUACUUGACCGCAAGGAUCAAGAACGCCUCAUUCGGGAAUUCCACACCCAACUCGGCCAGAUCGAUAUCCUGAUCUUGAAUGCGGGUAGUAAUGUGUUUAUGCCCUUCCAUCUUACCGAGGCAGAUGGUUGGUGGGAUAUUAUGGAGCUCAAUGUUCGGGCACCCGUCGAAUUGACUCGGCUAGUAGUCCCGGAGAUGAUGCAAAGGAACUCGGGCACAAUCGUCUAUACAUCUUCGCGUGCUGCGACGGCAAAUUUGCCCUGGACGACAAGUUAUAAUUGUGCCAAAACGGCUAUUACGCGUUUUGCAGGCACUUUGCAGGCUGAACUCGAGCAGGUGCAGAAAAUCGAAAAUAAGUUCGACCGCAACGAAAUUCAACUCUUUAGCAUUCAUCCCGGUGAGAUUGAGACUAAAUUACAUCAGACGGGGUUUCCGGAAAAGACUAAACAGGAAGCCCCGUAUGUGAUUGAACAUAUGGAGGCGCUUGGGAAGAAGAGGCCGCAUUUUCAGGGGGCGUUGCCGGCUUGGACUUGUGUUUGGCUUUGUGCUGGCAAGGGGGAGGAGUUGAAGGGGGCGUAUGUGGAUUGUACGAGGGAUGUAGAAGAGCAGGCCGCUGCCGUUAGAACGAAGUAG